AUGUCCGUUCUGGCCUCCCUUGUAUUUGUCGGUAAUGCUAUUCUGCUUACAAAAGCAAUGCUUGCUGGAGAAACUGUUGGAAUAUUGUCACCGAUUGGAGUGAUGCAUGGCCCCGAUGCCAUUGCGAUCACAGGCAGUACUGUUGACAUGCACAGCGUUGUCUGUCAGUUAGUGCAAGUUGCGGAGUGAUUCCCGUGCACGAUUAGCCCCUAUUCUCUCGAAUCAUUCUCGUGGAUUGCAGAAUUAGCAUCUUUUUGAAGAUUCCACAUUUAUCAUUCACAGACGCUGAAAGUACUAGGAUAGUGUUUUAACUUACUUGUGGUAGAGAAAGUGCGAAUGGAAUUUUUUUAAAAUGCGUUAUAUUCGAAACGCCAGUGCAGAUGUCACAUCUGUGCAAUAGUAGGAACCCCAGCAAAGGCAAUGAACUCCUAUCGCCCAUAGACACGAAAAGGUGGGCUAUGACGAUUGAAUUGUAAUUUUUGGCUAAUUUGGCAUCAUUAGACGGCCGCUUUCUGAUAGUUUAUUCAAUCGUGAGAAUUACGUUCAUACGGUGCGUGACCGAUCUCAUGACAUGCUAGCCGAAAUUCUAAAAUGCGUUUUCGAUUAGGAAGGAUUACACAGGUAGGGUUGUAAUAUUGUUUAUCGUGCGGAUUAAUCCUAUAAUAGUUCUGACUUUUCAGGAUGUCCGCUUUUGAAUGCACUUCCUUCCGACCCUUUGCAGAAACCACACUCGGUAAAAAUGACUGCUUAAGUGGAGGUCGAAAAGAAGUGACUUUCAAAUGCCGACCUCCUGAGCAGGCCGAAAUGCCAUAGGAGUAUGCUGCAUGCUAAUCAGUAUUACAUCACCACCUAAGUAUUCUUUCGUAAUCAAAAACGCCUUUUCAGAAUUUCAGCCAACAUUUCACGUGGUCGAUCACUCACUGUAUUCCUUCUGGAAACCGUCAUCCGUUUAGUGUUGUUGACUUGACUGCCGUGCAUUAUAUGUUUUCGGUAAUCCUACUGACCCUUACUAAUAUGUUUGCCCGGUUGGCAGAAAGUAAUUUUCAAGCAUCUUUCAUGUGGUUCAGCACAACGAUACUAGUAGUGGGCAUUGAAAAUAAAGUGCUUGGGAUUGAGAAGCUUUACAAAUGCGUAACCUGAAAAAAUGUCGUGCAUAGCAUAUAGUUAACAUUAGAUCUACUGCAAAGUGAGAACACGGACGGCGAUUCGCGUAGACUUACACGGCAGUUACCGCACUCUCUCCUUCCAAUUCGACAUCUGGACUCGGUGUUAAGACAGAGUCAAGAAGACCGGAGGUGGGGGAGGGCACAGGUGUAUGGCGGGACGAGCCCGCAACUUGGCGUUCCAUUCCGCACACCCUGGUGCACACACAUUCCCCGUCAAUACAUUCAGCACGCGUACAUUUCUCCAAAAUCCCACACAUCACCGGCACCCCUCACGUAGGUGAGGAUUGUCCCAUUUGACUCAUUUCUCCAGGUGGCUUCCGCGUUGUGUGUGUGACGUCUGAGCGGUCUGUCCCCCUUGUGUGUGUGCGUAUGGGGACCGGGUCUUGCGUGGGGCGCGCGCAGACGGACUGUCUAGCUCUGUCGUCCACUGCACCUAAUCCCAGGUCAGACAGCCGACCGGUUCUGACGGUGAACUGGUCUCUGGGAGGGUGAGAUCGACCCCCUCAGCGCAUAAUCCCUCACUACAAACCGUCUGACGCGCUUGAGAAUAUCAAGGUGGCUUAAAAGCCGAGCCAGCCCCUUUUAUUCCUGCGUACGUUGUGGACCAGAGAGUGUAGUGGUGCGCCCAGUUGCGGGUGUUCGGCUGCGUCACGCGCCUACAUCCGCUCCCGCCUCCUGUCUCCUUGGCUCUGUCUUGACACCGGGUCGAGGUGGGGAAAGAGGGGGGUGGGGUAGAUCCUGCGGAAGUUUACCGUCACUUUAGGCUAGGUCACGCGCAAGUCACCGUCCCUGCUGUGGAACAUACGGGGGACAUCGUCGGUCACGACGGUCUACUUUUUAUAUCUGCUAGCACUUUAAGUUCCUGCCAUAUUAAUAGGAAAGAAGGAGGACUGUUCGGACAGUCUGUUUAUUGUUCUGGGGUUUUGAAUCCCUGCAGAAGUCCAUCGUCAUAGGUAGUGGUGGCGACAGAACGAGUGACGACUGGGGAGGGAGUGUUAGUCGAACGUCGAUCGAUGGCGCUUGACAGGAGGUGGCUGCGCAGGACUCUGUACGCUGGCGUCAAAAGCGGGACUAUGUGUUGGAAUCGCACACCGACUCAAUGCCACCAUGUACAGCAAGUUUAUGGGAGCACAUGUCUGGUUAAAUCCCGAUGAGCAAUCUAGGGUUGUCCAAAAUAUUCCGUGCCAAAACUGCCCUUGUAACUAUACAUGUCAGACUGAGCGUAUGAUCGGAUCGCGUACACACGAAACGAGCUGGCUAAUAAAGAUAAACAAAUUGUUCUGAUGUUCGCCCAGUCUUCUUUUUUACAGAAAAUCAGUCUGGUACUGUGUGCUAGCAAGCACAGCGAGACCGAGAGGACUUUGCAACAUUCUCCUUCAUCUUUUACCUUAUUUUCCGAACAGUAUCAAAGACUGCAUUUGAUGCAUAAAUUUUACCCACCUCAGGAAGAAAGCCUGUCUGUCGGUAGUUUUUGAUGAGUUCAGGCCGAAAAAAACCCUGCGGAUACAGAAGAAAGACGUCCGGAUCAAUUGGCCUUUUCCAGUCAGUAUCGCCUAUUUUCGCCAGCUCUGCAUAGCUGAUAUUGCGAUCUGCACCCUUCUUGCUGAUGAUACCGAGGGAAAAUGAGUCGUGUCUGUUUACUGGGAGAUGCGGAUCUACACAGUAACGAAGACUCAGGUCGUAGGCGCCGUCCCAUGUUAUUUCACCGACUUCAACUCAGGCGGCCUCGCAUAGAGUCGAGGAAACCCCCAUUUUCACAGUUUCGACAACGUUUACCAACCGUUCUCUUGUGAAGUAGGCAUCGUGGAUUAUCUUAUGGAAUCCAAGCAACGCGAGGAGAGAAAUCCAUGCGCGGUGAUUCAGCGUGAAGGGAGAUGCCAUGAUUUAGUCUGUUCUAGUUGUUUCAGCUAAACUCGGAAGUAAAACCCAUACUUUCUAGGGCAAUAAUAUAUACGGGCCUUCAUCACGCACGGAGUGCUGCAUAACCUGUCGAAAGAUGUUUACCGACAGUAAAAAUCGACCAACCAGGGUUUAGAACAUUCGGUGUGCCGAUGUCGACCGCACGUGCUUGAAUUUAGCAGAAUAUUCCAGGUGAGUUUACUAACUUGUUUUAGGCUGAACUUCGAUUUAGCCCUCGGUGUCCUUCUGCGACAUAAGAUCCAUUACCUAACACCACGAAAUAUUCAAAUUAGGCACUAGACCGGAGGCCUCAGUGCGCCUAUCACAGCUGUUGAAACCAAAAACACUGUUUUUUUUUCCCGUGUUCUUCUUUCAACAUUUGUCUGCUUGCAUGGUUUUCAGCGGAAAUCUUAGGCACACUAGUCUGACCAUUGUGGUCGUCUGAGAAAGAUAAGGUGCUCAUCAGAUCAAGGGAAUUGUACGGCUGUCAGGGCGUAUGUGGUGACGUAGGACUUCAUAGGCUGCAGGAAGGCCUAGAUGCCGGCGCACAUAUUCAUGGGCAAGCCAGAAGCUUUCCAGUUUUGUUACCAGGUCAACGGCCUAAGACAUUAUGGGUGAUACGUGGAUUGCAGCGGAACAAAUUAACGCCUCAGUUUUACAAGAUGUUAUAAAUCAGGCUCCCACACCAAUCAAAUUCCCGCUGUAAGAAGAACAGCUCGGUUUGUUUCUUUUUCUUAAUGUGCUUCUGAGUAAAAGACUUGACGGAAGUACUUGACGUAGUGUCCACCGUAAAAGGACGACCAAUUUUGGGAGUUUCCAACCGCUAAAUUUGGAACGUAGUUUAGUCUGCUGUUUGACAGAAAGAGCGAGAAGAAUCUGCUCGGCUUAAGGAUGAAGAAAGUCCCAUUUGCCAGAGCGGCAACCCUGAUCGAUACAGCACUAUGAUCAUGGCCGGAAGAACACUAAAGCCCCCCAGUGCUGACCUCAGGAAAGAUGCUGCUUUCCGCCAGGUUCUGUUUUUAAGGGACGCGCAAAUGAACUUUUAAGAAGUCAAUUUGACAGUGAAACUGUACUUACCUCAGGAACCAUGCCGCUCUCCCUGUAUUUCUGAAUGACUCCGCGUAAUGCAUGAGCUUACGGAUACAGAAAGAAGACGCCCGGAUUAACUGGCCUUUUCCAGUCAGCAUCGUUUAUUUGGGCCAUUUCUGUAAAGUUGAUUUCGCGAAAUCCGCCCUUCUUGCUGAUGAGAUAGAGUGGAAGUGAAUCGUAUCUGUUUACUGGGAGGUGCGGAUAUACACAGUAACGAAGACUCAGGUCGUAGGUGUCGUCCCCUGUCAUUUCGUCGGAAAUGCUCCACCGAAGUUUGCAUAUUGUGGAUGGAACCCGAAUUCCCAUUAUUUCAAUAACAUACUUUGUCCAUCCUCUCAUGAAGUAGACAUCGUAAAGUAUCAACGUUAUCCCCAGCAGUGUUAAAAUGAGGAUCCAUUUACGCUGAGGCCGUACGCACUGGGUCAUCAUGGCGCAGCCUCUUCUUAGUUAUAUCCCCAGCUUUGCUCAGAAUGAUUUGUAGAGGGGCGUUAUUGCGUCCUAAGUGUUGCACAACACGUUGAAGGAUGUUUACCGGCGCUUAAAACCUAGCCAAUCAGAGUUGGAACAGGUUCUGUUUAUGCUGUCGACAAUCGAACGCGUCUAAGUGUAAAACGGAGUACACAGCAAGCACCCUCACUGGCUGCCGACUUUUGACGAUCUGUCAUUGAGUCCUAAUUUAGCGGCUGAUAUGCACAUGAGGCCUCAAGCCAGCUCGCUAGACCCACUUUACUUCCGAAAUGUACAUCAGACUGAGGGUUGAAUUCAAUACUCCAAAUCGGGAGCAGGGCAUGGGGUGUUUCUGAAUCCACGACAUUUUCUGAUGCCUAGCGUCGCCGCAGUUUAAAAGGGGAUGUGCAACCUUGUCUGUUCGCAUGACUGAAAAUGCUACUUUUAGGCUAAUUAACCGACCACACUCUUAAGGCCUCGCGGGGUUUUCUCCACUCAAGGGAAUUGCGUGAUAAAGUAAUCAAGUAGUAUGAAGAAAUCGCCGAUGACCGUAAGAUGGCCUGCAGGUGUAACGAACUGCAGCGCUGAAUAUGCCCUCACCAAGUUUGUAACAAAAUACUUGGUGAAGUUGAUGAGGAAGGAUGGAUUACCAGGAGAAAAAAAUAUGAUAGUCAAGUUGAGGUGCACUGAUCGAAAAUUGAGAAUCUACAAAUCCAGUUGUCGGAAAGUUCAACAACAUUUUCUAAGACUGCGUAGCGUACGAGCGGCUGAGCAGGCAGUGAUCGAAAGAGUUCUCACCGACAGUGUGCCAGCCCUUUUAGCUUUUUAGGCCCGGCGCGAAGUGUGUGUGUCCCCUCCUACUCCUCCUCCCCCUUCCCGUCCUCCUCCGCCACUGCCCCAGCGACGCUCUCUCUGGCGGCUGUCACGCACAUCAACACUACACGCAAACCUGAACAGGAAACGACACCAACCCUACAACCUCCGACUCCAGAGGUGGGGUCCAGGACUACACCUGCCCUCACUGCGACCGCACCUUCACCUCACACAUUGGCCUGGUCGGUCACUUGCGAAUCCAUCGCACAGAGACUGGCGAACCAGUGCCUGGAGCACCAACCUACACCCAUCGCAUUCGCCUUUACUGCCCACACUGCCCUCGAAUCUGCACGCAUCGCAUGGGCCUAUUCGGCCACCUGCGCAUCCACUAGCACCUGCGGUGGACAACCGCCGGCUGCACUACGCCACCAGUCCCUCCUUCCCCGAACUACCACCUCACCACACAUCAACACUCUCCCACCGCAGGCAUACAACUGCCACCUCGCAUGCGAGUGGGAAGUGUGCAUCUCGACUCGCCCCCGUGCGGCCUCUGCAUCACAGGCGGCUUGA